AUGAAAGUCACACUGAAAUAUGAGGAAGCUCAAACGGAGGACCUUUUCAUGACGCUGCGGCUUACUCUGCCGCAAAAGUAUGUCAAUGGAACCAACAAGGAGGUGGUGAAACUUUUUGUGGACCAUUACAACAAGAAGAAAGCCGACAACAUGCUCUCGUCAGAGGAUCUGCACCUCAAAAUCGUUGGUGGAAUUCACCUCGACAAUGAAGAGAGAGUGCGUGACUCUUUGUCGAACGGUGACGAGUGCUACCUCCUGGGCAAAGAUUCAGAGGGGCCGGCGCCCAAGCGGCAAGAGGCCGAGAAGGGCUACCAGUGCACGCCGGCAGCUGCCAGCAACACCACUGAAACCAAGGUGGCUAAAAAUGCAGACGGAAAGGUUAGGUGUAAGAACUUCGGCUGCCAGAUGACGUUUGAUCCCAAUGGGCCGCCGCAGGAAUGCCUACACCACAAGUCUGCCCCGAUCUUUCAUGAAACCGCCAAAUGGUGGUCAUGCUGCCCAGAUAGAAAGGCGUACGAGUUCGAUGAGUUUAUGAGGAUACCGGGCUGCACGAAGGGCUUCUGCAGCAGCGAGAGCCAGGGGAAGAAGCGCUUCCUCGGUGGCGCCGACCUCCGUGCAGAUAGCGCCCCUGUUCGCCUAGACGCCAAUGCACCUCCAGAUCCACGCCAGAAGUUGAACAGCAUGCGACGAGGACUGGUGGCUGUAGGCGUCGACGCGGACUUGUUUGACAAGGUCGCGGGAAAGCUGGCGGAGUCCGGGGAUCUGGAGAAGGUCUGCGAAGUCUUGAAGAGUCGCUUCUCGGCAGCUCUGAAUGCCUCAGAAUGA